AUGAUUACGGAGAAGCCAAGCUGGAUUCGCCACGAGGGCCUGCAGAUCUUCUCUAUCGACAUCCAGCCCGGCGGCCUCCGCUUCGCCACUGGCGGCGGCGACCAGAAGGUUCGAAUAUGGAGCAUGAAAUCUGUGGAUAAGAAUAAUGCCAACAAUGAUUCCAGCCAAGGGUUGCUAGCUACAAUGCGUGAUCAUUUUGGAUCAGUAAAUUGUGUGAGAUGGGCAAGGCAUGGCCGCUAUCUGGCUUCUGGAUCAGAUGAUCAGGUUAUCCUAAUUCAUGAGCGAAAAGCUGGUUCUGGAACAUCUGAGUUUGGUAGUGGGGAACCUCCAGAUGUAGAGAAUUGGAAGGUUGUUAUGACCUUAAGAGGGCAUACUGCAGACGUGGUAGAUCUUAAUUGGUCCCCUGAUGAUUCAACAUUGGCUAGUGGCAGCUUGGAUAAUACUGUUCACAUAUGGAACAUGACCAAUGGUAUGUGCACUGCCGUCUUGAGAGGGCAUUCCAGCUUGGUCAAAGGUGUUACCUGGGAUCCUAUUGGCUCUUUCAUUGCAAGCCAAUCAGAUGAUAAGACUGUUAUAAUAUGGCGUACAAGCGACUGGAGUCUUGCUCACAAGACAGAAGGCCAUUGGGAAAAAUCUCUUGGUUCAACAUUUUUUAGGCGACUUGCAUGGUCACCUUGUGGCCACUUCAUUACUACGACUCACGGCUUCCAGAAACCUAGGCAUUCAGCCCCUGUGCUUGAAAGAAGCGAGUGGUCUGCUACCUUUGACUUUCUAGGGCAUAACGCACCUAUCGUUGUUGUUAAGUUUAAUAACUCAAUGUUUCGUAAGAAUUUCUCAAAUGGUCAAGACACAAAAGCUGCACCAGCUGGUUGGGCCAAUGGAACAUCAAAGAUAUCAUCAAAAGAACAGCAACCAUAUAAUGUUAUUGCUAUUGGAAGUCAGGACAGAACAAUUACUGUUUGGACAACAGCGAGUGCGCGGCCAUUGUUUGUUGCUAAGCAUUUUUUCUCUCAAAGUGUGGUUGAUUUAUCUUGGAGCCCUGAUGGUUAUUCACUUUUUGCAUGUUCCUUGGAUGGAUCUGUUGCCAACUUUCACUUUGAAGCAAAGGAGCUUGGAUACAAGUUAAGUGAUUCUGAACUGGAUGAAUUGAAGAGGAGUAGAUAUGGUGAUGUCAGAGGACGACAAUCAAAUCUUGCUGAAAGCCCUGCACAGUUACUGCUAGAAGAAGCAUCAGCAAAGCAAUCGGCUAGCAAAAAGGGGACUUCCAUUGUCCAGCAAUUUCAAGCACCCCCAAAAGUUUCUGCAGAUGUGCCUAACCCAGCUCCUGUUGUGCAAAGUAAGAAAGCUCCUGAAGCUUUACCUGAAGCUGAGAAGAAAACAUCAGGUCCUGCUGCUGAUGAUAUGAAUAAAGUUACUCGGUUAUCUAGUCCAGUGAAGCAGAGGGAAUACCGGCGUCCUGAUGGCCGGAAAAGAAUAAUCCCAGAGGCUGUUGGAUUUCCUUCCAACCAGGAUAACAUACCCAGCCGUUCUCAGAACCAGGUUGUGGAUUUUUCAUCCCUAGAUCAGCGAAUGAAUGGGAUAUCUUAUGGUAGUAAUGGUAACUGUAACAACUCUGGAGUUAAGGAUCGCUCUGGUGUCACAGCAAGGGCGAACAUUACAGAGAGUCUUGUUAUUCAAAAAGCUUCAACCAGUGCUGGCAGUGAUGGAAUGUUGAGUGUAGAACGCAUUGGAUCUGUUGUUCCAGGCUCUUUGACCUGCUCCUCGCUUUCUAUACAUGUGUUAGUUAAGAAAGACAAUGAGGAUUCCUUGCCAGUCUGCCUUGAAGCAAAGCCUGUAGAACGCACUGCAGGUGAUAUGAUUGGUGUUGGUGGUGCCUUUUCAACAAAAGAAACUGAGAUAAGGUGUACAAGAGGAACAGAAACUCUUUGGUUGGAUCGUAUAUCUGCAAAGGUUACUGUCUUGGCAGGCAAUGCAAAUUUCUGGGCUGUUGGCUGUGAAGAUGGUUACCUGCAGGUUUACACAAAAUGUGGAAGACGAGCAAUGCCGGCAAUGAUGAUGGGAUCUGCAGCCGUUUUUAUAGAUUGUGACGACUGCUGGAAAUUGCUUCUUGUCACAAGAAGAGGUCUAAUGUACAUAUGGGACCUCUAUAACAGGACCUGCAUUUUGCAGGACUCAUUGGCUGCUUUGGUUGCAUCUCCAGAUGAGUCGUCAGCAAAUCAUGCUGGUGCAGUAAAGGUUAUAUCUGCUAAAUUCUCAAGAUGUGGUUUUCCCUUAGUUGUCCUUGCCAGUCGCCAUGCUUUUCUUUUUGACAUGAGCAUGAAGUGCUGGUUAAGGAUUGCCGAUGAUUGUUUUCCAGCAUCAAAUUUUGCUAGCUCAUUUAGUUCCCCCCAAGGUGGAGAGCUAGGCAAGUUGCAGAUUGAUCUAGGCAAGUUCAUGGCUAGAAAGCCUAUAUGGAGCAGGGUUACAGAUGAUGGUUUGCAGACACGUGCCCAUUUAGAGACCCAGUUGGCUGCUUCUUUGGCUUUGAAGUCACCACAGGAGUAUCGCCAAUGCCUUCUAUCCUACAUACGGUUUCUGGCAAGAGAGGCAGACGAAUCUCGUUUACGUGAGGUUUGUGAGAACUUCCUAGGUCCUCCGUUGGGCAUGCUUGGAUCUGCAUCAUCUACGGAACCCAAAAAUCCAUCGUGGGAUCCUGAUGUUCUCGGGAUGAAGAAGCACAAACUUCUCAGGGAAGACAUACUUCCAUCGAUGGCAUCGAACCGGAAAGUCCAGCGGCUGCUCAACGAGUUUAUGGAUCUCCUAUCAGAGUAUGAAGCUGCUAAGAGCAAAGUUGACCCAAUGGAUGCCACACCGGCGCCACAACCAGCACCAGAAGCCAAUGACAAUGACAACGUGAUCACCUCGUAG